GCCAGACUCAGGAUGGGUGUGGCUAUAGAGAACAGUGGUGAGGUGAAGAGAUACAGGACAGAUCCUUUUUACCCAUUCAGGCUGCAGAAGCAACUGUUGACACUCAACACAGAGCUGUGGGCCCCAGUGGAGGGUCUGCUAAUCUCCUGGUCAGUAGCUCAUCUGAUAGCUCAGAUUAGCUCAGGGGGCUUUAGGAGCAAACAACCUGCUUUUCAUUUGUGCGAUCAGGACGACCGAGGACCACCAGCGCCAUGAGUGCUGUCCAGUACUGUCCACUGCUCCUGCUUUCUUUGGUCCUUCUAGCAACCAACAGUAAGGACUAAUGUUUUCUAUCUUCACCUCGUCCUUCCUCCCCUUUAGAUCUCCCUUCUACCCUCUGUCCACCUGUCAUUUGGACUCCCUUCAGGAACUCUUCUCCUGUGCCACUCUUGAAUUCCCAAGAAUAGUUUUUUUGUAUUUCAGUCUUUUCCUGAGGAACAUGUUGAGUGAAUAUCUGUCCAAAAUAGCUUUGCUCUCAGACAUCAGGACAGGAAUUGUUGGACACUACAGUUAUCUUUAUUUUUCAGAAAAUGCCUUGCAUGGUUCUUAAAAAAACUAUUUUAAAGUUACACCUUCUAUUGACACUUUAUACUAUAUGUCAGCUUUGCUAAUUGUUCAUUUCUGCCUUCAUGGUGUCAUCCUCUUGUGUAACUAUAGCAUGCAAUCAGCAGCUAAUCUCUUAAUAGGCCUGGAGGCUAUAAUGCUUAUAGCAUGUGUGUGUGGAGCGGCUGUGCUGUGCCGUGGGGAUAGAUUGGGGUCAAGUACGGACAGCAGGGGGAAUUCAUAUGUCAUGUCAACAUGCAGAGGAGCACACAAGAAGCAAAACCAACUGCUCAAAUCAUACAAGGAGUUUUGGAUUGCUUUGUAGAGUUGUGCUUUUCUCGGUAAAAGGGUUGACAUUUUACUUAUUUAUCACUCUGUCUCAUUAAGGUAAUUGCUGUUUCGAGCAGAAAAUGUCACCUCUCUUGUAUGUCCAAAACACUUUGUGUGUCUGAUCAACUUUUCUGUCAUAACUAGAUGAUAAAAGACAAGUCCGCUGUUGAAGGAGGUUAUUUUUGAAGGCCAAGACAAGAGACGUGCUGCUACAAAGACUUGUUUGAAGCUUUCGGUGAUUCCUAUAAGUCCAGCUCGGUUUGAUCCUCUUAGGAAGCCGGGCCAUUUUACAAUUUAGGAGACGGAUGGAGGUUUUCAAAAAGAAGUGUUAAAGUGCUAUUUAAAAGGUCAGCUAGUUCUCAAAUAAGCGCUCCUUCCUCUGGAGAGCUUUAGAAAGACAUUUAAGUGUUUUAUGUGCUGAAGUGGGCCCCUGAAGCUUUAGCUGAAGGUUAGAAAGAUGUGUUUUUAAAUCAGAGUGCACUCGUUUAAUUCUUUGCUCAAUUUAGGGAAGAUUUGUGUGAAGGAAGUGAUUAAUUAGUUGCUCUCUCUUCACUUUACUCUCACUGUGGCCUGUGGGACAACGUCAUACAUCGGAGUCACCCAGAUGUGUGUGUGUGUGUGUAUGUAUAUGCUCAUCAAACCCAUAGAUCUGAUGUUGAUAGAGGGGGAAAAUAUCCAGAGUUAAGGCCCUUGUAGACACUGCAUGAUCUUAACUAACAAUGCAUCCAAAUUUAUGAUAAAUGAGAUAAAUGAGUUAGCUGGAGUAUGCCAUGAUGUAAUGCCAGAGCAGCUGCAGCUGGCUGUCUUAAGAACCACUUGUACCAAUGUCUAAAUAUGGGUUAUUAAAGGACAAACAUGGCAGCAGUAGCAACAUGUAGACUAUUCGUGCCGUGAAAGAAGUCUAUACAUCUGACACAGGGCAGUUUUUUAUUCAUUCAUUUGAGAUAUUUGGUGGAAAAUCCUACAUUAGCAUCAUUAACAUUUCCCAUCAACUGAAGCAAUAACAUCAGGUCAGUCUAAGCAUAACAUAUGGCUGGCAUUUAAAAACCGUAGUACUGUAUUUCCCUUUAAAUGUGCUUUUAAUAAUGUUUCUAUAUGGCUUCCGGGGCAUUAUCUUGCUGUCAUAUAAAGUACCAAACCAAGAUACUUUAGAGAUCACUAAACUCUUUUCUGCAUGCAUUGCAGCAGUAACAGCCUUUUCUGUUUCCUCCAGGUGAGGCUCUGCAAUGUUACACCUGUAUGGGCUCCAACAACGAAGACUGCAACCGGCAAGGCUCCAAAUCUUGUCCCAGCUACUCUGAUGCCUGUGCUGUAGUGGUGGGCCAUGACAGUGGGGUGAUGAAGUCGUGCUCCUACAAGUCUUUCUGCAGUCAGGCCAACAGCCAGGGCUACAGAGCACCAGGGGUCAGAGUUCACUGCUGCUACGGCGAUGACUGCAACGUGACAAGCUUUGCCUCCCGGCUGCCGAGACUCGACUACCUGCUGCUGUUUCUGCCUCUGUUGUUCCACUGCUUUUUUUUCAAGUAGACGUACUGGCUCAACUUCACGGUGCCAACAACUAUCCAUUUGCAACACAAAUGCCUACUGCUGUUCUCACUUACUCCAAAUAUGCCAAAUAACCCUGCCUAAUUUUAUACUACAUGCUGUACUACCAUUCCACUCUGAUUUACCUUAUUUAUCUAAACAGCAGCCUAUACAUCAAAGAGUUACUGUACAUAGAGGAGGUGCUACAGGUGUGACUGUGUGGAUUAUACACAAUGUUGGAUUGACUUCAUUAAGCUGUACUCAAGUAGAUGCGUCUUUCAAUGGAUUUCACCAAGCCAAUAACUAGAGGAUCCUAAGGGAUGGAAUAACAGGCAGAGAUAAUGUAUUAUUUAUUUCCUAUUAAAGAUGAAGAGGAACAGUUCAUCAGUUUACCCACCCUGGUUUGACGCUCAGCACGCAAUGUUUGAAACUACAGGAUGAUAGGAAGCAAAAGUUCUUUCUGAUCACCUUUCAAGUUGCUGCAUCCGUCAUCUUUUUCACCUAUACUCCUAAGUAUCGCAGCAAAGCUCGUGUUGCAGCAGAUGUUCCUGUGGCUAAAUAUGGCACCAAGAGUUCAAUCGGCUGGUGUGUCGUUACAUCAUUAGCCUUCUACCUGUCAAUCACAUAUCUGACGAGCUGUGCAAGAUAUUUUGGAAGGUUGUGAGAAAACACUUCUCACACUCUGCAAAUCCACAUAAGCCUUUUACAUGCCUGAGGCGAGGUGACGUUAAUCCACUGCGUUUGAAGUCACUUAAAGAAUUACUGAGUUUAUAAGCAUUAGCACGCCUCACUGGAGGAUGGCCUAUAAGUAGAGGCUACUGUAUAUAUUGUAUAGAAAAUUAAAUACUGUUUAUUGUGUAAUUUUCUCGGGACUCAUGUUAGGAAAUGUUUUUUUCUGGAGUCAUUAAAUACAGCAACUUGCAGCUGCUGGUGCCCAAUACAUAUUUAGUACUUUAAACAUGCAUAGGUGAGGAGAUACAGUAUAUUAUAUUAAGUCCUAGCAAACUGCAAAUCUUUUGUGGAUUCUUUUACUUAUUUUCCAUACAUUUCUCAUUAUAUGUGAAAGUAAGGUUUCAGUGUAAUUGAAUCUAAAGAAACAAGGGAUGACCUUCCUUUCUCUGUUGUAUAAACCAUAUUGUAAGGAAAUAUUAUUGAAUGGCACAACAGAGCUAAUACUGGAUGUACAGACCAAAUUAUGCAAAUGUUGACAUUCAUAAUUCAAUGUAAAUACAAAGAAAUAUAAAAUGAUUUCUGUUACUGCAUGUAAUCAUUUCAGUCCUAACAUGAAAAUGUCUUUAAAACAAACUGAAAACU